AAAUGGUAAUAUUUCUUAUAUUGGUAAAGAAUAUGUUUGUAUAAACUCAGUUUGUGAAAGGGUUAUAAUCGUGUUGGGUUUUUUAUUUUCAACGUGUGAUUAAUUUAGUGACAUGGCAGAUUUCUUGGAUUCGGAAGCCGAAGAAUCCGAGGAAGAGGAGGAGUUGGAUGCUAACGACAGAAAAAAGUUAAAGAAACUAAAAGCGCUUGCUGAUAGCAGUGAAGAAGAUGAAGAGGAUGACGAAGAACGGUUACGUGAAGAAUUGAAGGACUUGAUCGACGAUAAUCCAAUUGAAGAAGAUGCAAGCGAUGGCGAAUAUUCGGAUACGGGAUCUAAAAAGAGAAAAAAGCAUGAUGAUGAACUGUACGAUCGUUUGGAAGAUGAUGAUUACGAUUUAAUUGAAGAAAACUUGGGUGUGAAAGUGGAAAGAAAGAAACGUUUCAAACGACUUCGGCGUAUCCAAGAGAGCGAUGGCGAAGAGGAGCACGUGGAUGAAGGAUUAGCCAGAGAAGCUAUUGCUGAACAACUUUUCGAUGAAGAUGACGAAAAUUUGGAAAGACGAUCUGAACGUAGCAAUAAAGAACAAGACACCUAUGAAGAGGAAGAGGAAUCAGAUUCUGAUGCGGAUGACUUUAUUGUUGAUGAUGAGGGAAGACCAAUCGCGGAGAAGAAGAAAAAGCGUAAACAUAUUUUCACUGACGCGUCAUUGCAGGAAGGUCAAGACAUAUUUGGAGUCGAUUUUGACUACGACGAUUUUGCUAAAUAUGAAGAAGAUGAAUAUGAAGAUGAAUCUGAAGGCGAAGAAUAUGAUGAUGACGUUGCCGAAGAAGAUCGAGCAAAAAGUAAAAAGAAAGCACCGAAGAAAAAAGUUUCGAAGAAAACAAUUUUUGAUCUAUACGAGCCAAGUGAACUUAAACGAGGGCAUUUUACUGAUCUCGAUAAUGAAAUUCGAAAAACAGACAUACCUGAACGUAUGCAAUUAAGACAAGUUCCAGUAACGCCUGUAGUUGAAGGUUCAUCUGAAUUGGACGAUGAAGCAGAAUGGAUUUAUAAGCAGGCGUUUUGUAAACAAACAGUAUCUCAGCAAGAAUCUUUGGACACAAGUCGCGAUAAACAUAAGAAGCCAAUAAGUGCUGUGGGAAAAAUUAAACAAACUUUGGAAUUUAUUCGUAACCAGCAAUUGGAGGUACCCUUCAUAGCUUUUUAUAGAAAGGAAUACGUAAAACCCGAAUUAAGUUGUGAAGAUUUAUGGAAGAUAUAUUAUUAUGAUGAGCGUUGGUGUCAACUUUUUAGCAGGAAGAACAAAUUGAAACUUUUGUUUGAAAAAAUGCGUGACUUCCAGAGGUCGAAUUUGGAGAAAAAUGCAGACAAACCAACAGAUGAUAGUAUUCGAAUUUUUCUAGAUGAAGAUUUAGAGAGAUUGAAGGAAGUUCAAACCAUGGAAGAAUUAAAAGAUGUUCAUAUGCAUUUCUUACUUCAUUAUUCACAUGAAAUUCCUAAAAUGCAAGAGGAACUUAGAAGGAUAGAAAGAGAACAAAAGCGACUAGCCAGGGAAGAAGAAAUCCGACAAAGUCAGCAGGAUGGCGAAGAGAUAACGGAAAACAUAGAAGACGAUAUAGAAGAAGCCGAAGAACAGUUGAAACAAGCUAAAGAUUCGGGUCCUUAUGCAAUGUGUCGUAAAGCAGGCAUAUGUGGAUUCGCAAAAAGAUUUGGACUAACACCCGAACAAUUCGCAGAAAAUUUAAGAGACAGUUAUCAGCGUCAUGAAGUUGAGCAGGAAACAGCUGGUCCAGCAGAAGUGGCGAAACAAUACUUGUGCCCUAAGUUCAUAACUAUUGAGGAACUAUUACACGCUACUAAAUUUGUUGUAGCUCGUCAACUAUCUAGAGAACCUCUGCUUAAAAAAUGUGUGCGAGAAGUCUUCUUUGAACGAGCAAAAAUAGAUGUUCACCCCACAAAAAAAGGUUUGAAGGAAAUUGAUGAGAAUCAUCCAUGUUACACGAUGAAAUACUUGCUGAAAAAACCGGUAAAAGACUUGGCUGGCGAUCAAUUUUUGAGGCUUUACAUGGCUGAAGAAGAUAAGUUAAUUGAAAUAACCAUAUCUGAUCAUAUUGAGGGUAACACAUCUAGUAGUUCAUACAUUGAUGAAGCUAAACAACUUUACCAACGGGAUGAAUUUUCAAAAGUGGUACAAGAGUGGAACUCUCUACGAGCUGAAUGCGUUGAAUUAGCAUUAAAAAUUAUGGUCAUUCCAGAUUUACGCAAAGAAUUAAAAGCCGUACUUCUAAAUGAAGGAAAACAGUUUGUUUUGAAGUCUUGCUGCAUGAAAUUAGCCAACUGGUUAAAAGUUGCACCGUACCGCCCAGAUAUUGCAGAUGACUAUAUGUACGAUGAUUGGAGUUAUAAUAAAGGAAUCAGAGCAAUGGGAUUAGCAUAUGUGCCUGAUUAUUCCCAGGCAGCUUUUUGUGCUGUUACGACGGUUGAAGGUGAUGUUAGCGAUUACCUUCGAUUACCACAUAUUCUUAAGCGCAAAAACUCGUAUCGAACGGAUGAAAAAAAUUUAAAAAUAUCUGACUUAAAAAAUUUAAAGGAAUUCAUUCAAAAUAAAAAACCACAUAUUAUCGCUAUCGGAGGGGAGUCACGAGAGGCACAAAUGCUAAAAAUUGAUGUACAGGAAAUAGUAAAGGAACUAGUAGAGGAAGAGCAAUUUCCAUUGAUUUCUGUGGAGAUAGUUGAUAAUGAGCUUGCGAAAAUAUAUGCUAAUUCAAAGAAAGGAGCAUCUGAUUUCAAGGAGUAUCCAGAUCUUUUAAAGCAGGCCGUAUCACUAGCAAGAAAAAUGCAAGAUCCACUUGUUGAAUAUUCCCAAUUGUGCAGCGCUGACGAAGAAAUCCUUUGUCUUCGUUAUCACACACUUCAAGAGCAAUUACCUAAAGAAGAUAUGUUAGAACACUUGUAUAUAGAAUUUAUAAAUCGUACAAAUGAAGUUGGGUUGGACAUAAACUUAACUGUUCAGAACUCUUACACACAAAAUUUAGUGCAAUUUAUUUGUGGGCUGGGGCCACGAAAAGGACAGGCGUUGAUCAAAUUACUCAAACAGUCUAAUCAAAGGUUAGAAAAUCGGACACAAUUAGUAACUUUGUGCCAUUUAGGGCCAAAAGUGUUUAUAAAUUGUUCUGGCUUCAUUAAAAUAGAUACAAGUUCGCUUGGUGAUAGCACAGAAGCCUACGUUGAAGUUUUAGAUGGAUCCCGAAUCCAUCCAGAAACCUACGAAUGGGCAAGAAAAAUGGCCAUCGAUGCUAUGGAGUAUGAUGAUGAGGAAGCUAAUCCUGCUGGUGCUCUGGAAGAGAUCUUAGAAUCACCAGAAAGACUUAAAGAUCUAGACUUGGACGCGUUCGCUGUUGAGUUAGAAAGACAAGGUUUUGGAAAUAAGAGCAUAACUUUAUAUGACAUACGCACAGAACUAAAUGCUUUAUAUAAAGACCUGAGAAUCCCUUACCGCUCACCGAACUCAGAGGAAUUGUUCGAUAUGCUAACCAAGGAAACCCCAGAGUCAUUUUAUGUCGGAAAGAUGGUUUUAGCGACUGUAACGGGAAUAUCUCAUAAGAAGCCUCAGGGAGAUCAACUUGAUCAAGCCAACCCAGUAAGGAAUGAUGAAACUGGACAUUGGCAAUGUCCAUUUUGUUUAAAAGACGACUUCCCCGAAUUAUCUGAAGUAUGGAAUCAUUUCGACGCUGGUGCCUGUCCUGGUCAGGCAACAGGGGUUAAAUUGCGUUUAGAUAACGGACUAUCCGGUUUUAUCCACAUUAAAAACCUCUCGGACAAACAUGUACUAAAUCCAGAAGAUCGCGUUCAAACAGGUCAAGCCAUACAUGUUCGCAUUAUUAAAAUUGAUGUAGAACGAUUUUCUGUCGAUUGCUCUUCUAAGAGCUCUGACUUAAUGGACAAAAAUCAUGAGUGGAGACCACGUAGGGAUGCAUUUUACGACUAUGAAUUGGAAGAAAAAGACACUCGAAAGGAAAAUGAACAGAAACAAGUGAGAUCCAAGCAACAGUACGUAAAACGUGUUAUUAUUCAUCCCUCUUUCCAUAACAAAUCAUAUGCAGAAGUUGUUAAAAUUAUGGAAAACAUGGAUCAGGGAGAAGUAAUUGUACGACCGUCAAGCAAAGGAUCAGAUCAUCUUACAGUAACAUGGAAAGUUACCGAGGGAAUUUACCAACACAUUGACGUUCGGGAAGAAGGAAAGGAAAACGCCUUUAGCUUAGGACAAAGUCUGUGGAUUGGAAAUGAAGAAUUUGAAGAUUUAGACGAAAUUAUUGCACGACAUGUGAACCCGAUGGCAGCAUGUGCUAGAGAACUGCUUACCUAUAAGUAUUACAGAGAUACAGGUGGCGGACUCAAAGAUAAAAUGGAAGAAUUGCUUAAAGAGGAGAAAACUAAGGAUCCCAAAAAGAUACAUUAUUUUAUAUCAGCAUCGAAAUCUUAUCCCGGAAAAUUUUUGUUAUCAUAUUUACCUAAAACUAAAUGCAGACAUGAAUACGUUACAGUCAUACCGGAGGGUUUUCGAUUUAGAGGGCAAAUGUUUGAUUCGCUGAAUUCGCUGUUAAAAUGGUUUAAAGAUCAUUAUUCUGAUCCAAUUAUAGCAAACACUCCUACUUCAACUCCAAAUGUCGGUGGUAGCGUCAGAACUACAGGAUAUGAUACUCCUAGAGGAAACAUAGAUGUAAGAACUUCGGACCCUCAUGUAUCGCAAUCAUCAGCACUUCACACUCCACACUAUCCGAAUACUCCGGGUUACCAAGGGGGCUAUGUUAACACUCCGUAUACACCGAGCGGUCAAACACCAUUUAUGACUCCAUAUAAUACACCGUAUUCUUCACAAACCCCGCGUUAUUCGCAUAAUACACCCAGCCCUAAUUCUUCCACUUCAAAUAUAAACUAUCAUCGGUCAGUCAAUAUGAAACAGUCUAAGGAUAACCAUUUAUAUCAUGGAAUCUCGCCUAGAUUGGAAAUGGAGCAUAGUAAAAAUCACAUUUAUUCUUCUCAAAAAGAAAGUGCCGAAUGGCAAAUGGCGUCAGAGUCAUGGGCAAGACGCAAACCAGUACAUCCCGCCCCACAUAUGUCACGACCUGGUGGGAAUGAUUAUUCAAGAGGCGUUAACUAUUCGGUCCCAAACACCAGCGAUAUGUCAUCUGCAUUUAAUCAACUUUCAGAUGAACAUUAUCGUAUAAGAGACCAUAAAAGCCCCCGGUCGAUUCGUAGUACACCCCGUACAAAUACGUCUCCUCAUUCUAUGAAUUUGGGUGAUUCUACACCAUUGUACGACGAAAAUUAACAUAAUUUAUUACUCCACCAUAGUUAUAUUGGUGAAUUUUUUAUGACAACACACUCAAUUGCCUAUACAUUGUAUUGUAUUGUAUUAGAUUUUUAGUUUGAAAGUUUUCAAUUACAUGAUUAAAAUAAAUAAUAUAAACAA